UCUAAAAGUCCGUAUAAUCAUACUUGUACAAUUAAUCCUCACCAAUCCCACUAAGGCACUAGAGUCCAGACUCCAGAGCAAAAGAAGAAAGAAAGAAAGAAAAAAUGACUCUGAAAGUUUUUGCAGAUCGAAUGUCCCAGCCUUCUCGAGCUGUUAUUUUGUUCUGCAAGCUUAGCAAAAUCGAUUUCGAGGAAGUCAAAAUUGAUCUUUUCAAGCGCCAGCAUUUAUCUCCUGAAUUUGCUGAGAUAAACCCACUGCAGCAAGUUCCUGCGAUAGUUGAUGGAAGAUUUAAGCUGUAUGAAAGUCAUGCAAUCCUUAUCUACCUUGCUUGUGCAUUUCCUGGAGUGGCAGAUCAUUGGUAUCCUGCUGAUGUUAGCAAGAGGGUUAAGAUCCAUUCAGUGCUGGAUUGGCAUCACUUAAAUCUGCGUUAUGGAGCAAUGAGAUAUGUUUUACAUACCACACUUGGCCCAGCACUUGGCAGACCCUUAAAUCCUGAAGCUGCUGCCAAAGCAGAGAAAACAUUGGAUUCGUCUUUGUCAAAAAUCGAAUCAGUCUGGCUCAAAGGAAGUGGAAAGUUUCUGCUGGGUAGUUACCAGCCAUCUGUAGCAGACCUUAGUCUUGUCUGUGAGAUCAUGCAGUUAGAGGUUUUGGAUGAAAAGGAUCGUGCUAGGAUACUGAGUCCAUACAAGAAGAUUCAAAAGUGGAUUGAAGCUACAAAAGCUUCAACACAGCCCCAUUUUGAUGAUGUUCAUGGGAUUCUUUACAGAGCCAAGAUAAAAAUUCAGAAGCAAAGAGAAAUUUCAACAUUGCAAUCAAAGAUGUGAAGAAUGAUGGAAAUUGAUAAAUGCUCUUGAUUUGCUUCUGUUUUGUUGAAGAAUAUAAUUCAAGAACAUCUUCCUACAUUCCUGACUUUUGGUGUACAACAUAAUAGAUGCUUAAGAGAAUAAUCGACUCUAGUAUAUGCUGUAAUCUAUACGUAAAAAUGCUAAAGAGAAUAAGAUGAGAGUUUACUUGAUCGAAACUCUUUUCUGAAGCCCCAAUAAUGAAGAUCAGUGUUUGAUUCUUAUCA